AUCCUGCAGCCGGAAGAGGAUGUGGUAUUCUUUGUGCUGGACGCUCACAAGCCGACAGAUGUGUGUAAUGUGUACAGUGAUGGGCAGGUGCGGUUGGUAUACAAAGAUGAAGAAGAAGACAUUCCCAAUUUUGAUGACAUAUUCAGGGAUGAUGAGGAUGAGAAUGAAGAGGAGGUAGGGGAAGGUCGCGAGGGCCUGGAGGCUCUGGUGGAGCGACGACGCGAGCGCAAGGCGUGGGAGGAGAAGCGGAACACACUCAUGUUCAACUACACACAGUUUUCAUACUAUGGGAAGCCAAGCGCAUGCGUAGCGCUGGACGUGUCGUGGCGGCUGAGCCGCGCAGGCGUGGCGGCGGCGUGGUGCUGCGGCGUGGCGCUGGAGGCGGCGCCGCGCUGCACCAGCGCUCUCCGCCGCGCGUGCCUGCUCGACGCCGCCGCGUACACGCCAUGCUCGUGCAGCCAGAAUAAUAUGUGCCUGCCAUGCUGUACCCCGCCUGUGGUCGCUGGAGGUGCGCUGAGGCACGCGCCGGACGUGGGCCCGCACCUCCGCCUGCACACCGUUGCAGGAGCCUCCAGGCUAAGGCAACUGCUUGUUGAUAUGGGGUGCCGCUGCAGCAGGCGCGGCAGGCGUGGCGCGCGAUGGACGCGGAGGUGCGCGGCGGCGCGCGCGAGGCGCUGGCGGCGGCGGGCGCGCGCCUGCAACUGUGCGAGCGCAGCGCCGCGCGUGGCUCCGCUGCUCACGCGCCCGCACGCGCCGCCGCUCGCCGCGCUCGACCUCGUCUUCUGCCUGCUGGCGCUGCUCGAACAUGAGACACUCAACCGCGCCGAAGGUUUCCAGCAUGCGCUAGCAGCGCUGGAGACCGACAACGGCGACAACGAAACCGGCGGCUUGGCUGGACGGCGGCGCGACGCAGCCACUGAGGCGAUGGUGCGGCUCGUCAACAACACGCUCAGUGCAAGGACGCUACACCGCGCUGGACCGUUCAAUUAUUUUAUUGUGCAAGAGGGCACCCCAGAGGCUGCGAUAGUGUGCGGUCCGCUGUGGCUCGGCGUGGCGGCGCGCUGGGCGGCGGCGGCGGCGGGUGCGGUGCGCGGGCGCGGCGGGGCGCAGCCGCUCGUGGCGAGUGCGGGCCGCAGCGACGGGGCGGCGUUACUGCUGGGCGUGCCGCCGCGAUCCCAGCACGAGCCGCGCAAUCUAUUUGGUGCAGCAUUCGAGCAGGCGGCCACUAAGAGCGGCGUGUCGAUCUCUCUCGACUAUUUUGACUCGUCGGUCGUGUUUCUCCCCACAUCACAACGUGCGCAGUUCCUCGACGCACUGACGGCGCUCCUCGCGUGACAGUGUAGUGAAUCUAGUUCUACUUUAAGUUCUGUUAUAUUAAUAUGGUUACUAGUUAAAUUUUCAAAGAUAUAAGUUAAAAAAAAUAAGUGCCUAUUGAAUUUGUGCAACCUGGGGUUAUGUGCCUUGAAACAAUUUUAGCUUAUUGACACAUCCGCCAUAUAAGUUACAUCUAGUUUUCUAUUUAGUUAAAAUGAGCUCCUUUUUGACUUGAAAAAUAAAAAAUUAAGAAUUCCUAUGCAAUUUCAUGACCCUCUUAGGAAUUGUGAUAUAAUUGGAUGAUAUAAAAAUUAUACAGUGUACUAUUCAAUUUAGUUAUUCGUACUUUUAAUAAUUUUAAUAGUAUAUUUGAUUAAUACAUUGUGUUGCCCUAGUGUUAAAGGACUAUAUAUUAAUUUACCGGUUUGUGUGAUGUAACUAGUAUUUGUGAGUAAGUCUGCUGGUAAGACUUUUAUCAAAAACAAAUUCAGAAUAAACCAAAUCAUGGAAUUAAAAUAAUUUUAGCGUGGAUGAAUUUAUAGCAUUUAACUUUGACAACACUCCCAGUGGCAUUUAGUAAAUAUGUUAUUCAUUUUAGGCUACAACUUUAUUAUGAAUCUAACAGCUAGUCAAUGAAUAUGGGGACAAAUAAUAAAUUGUUGCCGGUCAAUUUUAAAUUAAUUGGUCCAAAUUAUAUUAUCUUAAGUUAUUAUUCAUAAGUAUGCAUAUAAUAUUGUAAGAGAUAAGUGACAAGAUCGAACCACACAAUAAGGAUAAUUUCACACAAUCUUUAGGAAACAUUCAGAAAAGGCCUUAUUCAUGACUUGUAGUGCUGAAGACAUACAAACAGACUGAAUUGAAUUUUCUUGUCAUUAUAAAGGGUAUAAACAGAAGUGUGCAAGAAAGAAAACAUCUUGCCUACUGGAAAGAUCUCUUUAUAAAAUUCUGAUUGGUCUAUAUGACGUGGCAGUUUUAAAUGUGUAAAUGAGUUAAGGAUGUGUUAUUUGCUAUUAUAAUGCUGUUUGGUCAUUACCAUAGACACAGGAAGAUGGUAUUGGCUGUAUAUUUGAUGGUGUCUUCCACACACUGAAAUUUUUUGUGAGGGUUUUUCUAUGUCCAGUCUGUUUUAUCUUUUAGUGCUACACUGUUGGUCAUAGAGUUCCAGUGAAGCAUUUGAUUUAGUUUAUGAAAUAUUUCAAUAAAUGUUUACUUGCUAAAAAUAAAUAUAAAUUUUGGUGUAUAAUGGUAUGAUUUGUGUAAAUGGAUUGAUGUAAAAUAAAAAAUUAUCUAUGAUUCCCACCUUAUGGUUUUGACACUGAUAUUGUUAUGUAGUUAGAUUAGUAUUUAUUAAUAGUUUUGUGUAAUAAAAGUAACUUAUAAUAAAAA